AUGAAGAUUCCACAGCUGCAACAGCUACAGCUCCCCUCGUUGGGAUUUCCCAGACAUAAUGAAUUUGAUGUGAACGGAAAGGUAGGCCGCCACACUCGUCUAAGAUCUCAUGCUGACUGGUCCAGCUGGUGGUGGUCGCAGGCGGAUCCAAAGGUCUUGGAAAAGCGAUGGCACUGGAGCUGGCUGCAAGAGAUCACGCGCGUGUUGAGCCACUACCAUCCCCCUGAUAUCCUCAUCUGCACAGCAGGCGGCAUCCCGCAGCAGAGGGGCUUCCUCGCCGACAUUUCCCCCGAGUCCAUCACCACCUGCAUGGAACGGAACUACUACACGACCGUGUUCAUCGUGCAAUGCUGUCUGCGCCUCUGGCAGCGCGUCCCGAACACCCCCUCCCCCCGACACAUCGUUCUGACCUCAUCGAGCGCUGCGUUUCUCGGUCUCCCCGGAUAUGAUGCGUACACGCCGGCCAAAGUUGCCAUCCGCGCGCUGGCGGAUACCCUGCGCCAGGAGGUGUUGCUAUACGGGGAGGAUGCGAUCCGGGUGCACUGCGCAUUCCCGGGGCCAUUCGCCUCCGACAGUUAUCUGGACAUGCACGAGCAUAAGCCGCAGCUGUUGGGAAUGCUGGAGGGAACGCCACGGUCGCGCGAGGCGUUGGAGCGCAGGGUGCCGUCGUCGCGGACGGUGGCGCAGAGGCUCAUUGGAGGGCUCGAAAAGGGGAAGGUGUAUAUCACGGUGGAUUUUCGAACGGAGUUGCUGCUCAAUAACAUGCGAGGACCGAGUCCGCGGUUUCGUUGGUGGGCGCCGUGGGAGUUCGUGUUGGGUAUUGUGGAUAUCCGGAAAGCCGAGGCAAUUUGUCAGCAGCGCGUUUCUCCUCAUUGCGCUUCGGAUCACUUCCGAUCUAUAAAUCGCCAACAUGUCUCCCCAGACACCUCUCCUCGCACACCUCUCUCUCCCAUCGCCUUCUCUAUCAUGACCUUCUCCUCCCCCUCGGUGGCUCGCGCCCCGCACACCCCCUACUUCACCCCGGCCAACAAUGCCGGCGCAGCGGUCAACCCCAACGACCCGUCGACGCCGACGCUCUUCCGGCCGCUGCGCAUCCGCGACCUAACACUCAAGAACCGCAUUAUGGUCGCCCCGAUGUGCAUGUACUCGGCCGAAUCGGAUCCAGCCUCUCCCUUCGUGGGCGCCCUGACGCCCUAUCACCUCGCGCACCUGGGGCAUCUCGCACUGAAGGGCACGGGGCUGAUCUUCAUCGAGGCCACCGCCGUCCAACCCAACGGCCGCAUCUCGCCCAACGACUCGGGGUUGUGGCAGGCUGGUACCGACUCGGAGCAGUUCAAGGGUCUGCAGCGGGUGUGCGAGUUCGUGCACGCGCAGGGCGGCGCGAUCGGUAUCCAGCUGGCACACGCUGGACGCAAGGCCAGCACCGUGGCGCCGUGGCUCGCCGGCGCAGAUGGACAGCGCAAGCCCAGCAUCAAGGCGACUGCGGCGGUGGGCGGAUGGCCGGACGACGUGGUCGGGCCGAGCGGCGGUGUUGAGCACAUGUGGGACCCGACGGGCGACAGGUUCUGGGUCCCGCGGGCGCUGUCAACAGCGGAGGUGAAGGAGGUGGUGCGGGCGUUUGCCCGAAGCGCCGAGCUUGCAGUGCAGGCUGGAGUGGACGUGAUUGAGAUCCACGGGGCGCACGGCUACCUCAUCAACGAGUUUAUGAGUCCGGUCACGAACAAGCGGACGGACGAGUACGGGGGCAGCUUUGAGAACCGCACGCGCAUUGUGCGCGAGAUCGCGGAGGCGAUUCGGGCUGUCAUCCCACGCGGCAUGCCCCUGUUUCUGCGGAUCAGCGCAACGGAGUGGCUGGAGGGGACGGCGGUUGCGGCGGAGUCGGGAACGUGGGAUAUGGACAGCUCGCACCGGCUGGUGAAGCUGCUGUCCGGAUGGGGCAUUGAUCUGGUGGAUGUGAGCUCGGGGGCGAACCAUCGCGAGCAGAAGAUCCAGCCGCAUACGAACUAUCAGAUUGAUUUGGCGGGCCAGCUGCGCAAGACGAUUCGCAGUGCGGGGCUGCCGCUGCUGGUUGGGACCGUGGGUCUGAUCACAGAGGCAGACCAGGCGGAGGAGAUCAUCCACGGGGCUGAUGAGGCGCAGACGGCGGAAGCGAUGCUGUCUGGGAGCGAGCCCAAGGGCGAUGCUGUGCUGCUGGGGCGGCAGUUCCUGCGCGAGCCGGAGUGGGUGUUUACGACAGCGAAGAAACUGGGGGUGAAGGUGACGGUGCCGAACCAGUUUGGGCGGGCUAUUCAAUUGUAA